AAUGACUAAUAAUAAUAAUAAUAAUAUUGUUUCUUCUCACUCUAGAAUUAUUUUCCUAUGGAAGAAGUUUACCUUAAUAUUGAUUAUUGCCCUAGCUGUUGAUCAUCCCAUGCAGAUGAUGAUGAGUACUACUGAAGCAGCUGCAGCUUCCUUAGAGAAUAUUAAUCGAAAGCCGUCGGCUAUUUUUGUUUUCGGAGACUCCACCGUUGACGCCGGCAACAACAAUUUCAUUCCGACCUUAUUCAAGAGCAAUUUCCCGCCUUAUGGUCGCGACUUUGAUUUUCAUCUCCCCACCGGAAGGUUCACAAAUGGAAAGCUCGUCACCGAUCAUAUUGCUUCAUACGUUGGAAUAAAAGAGCUGGUCCCGCCUUAUUUAGACCCAAUGCUUAGCCUGGAAGACCUGCUCACCGGCGUCUGUUUUGCGUCGGCUGGGACCGGAUACGAUCCCCUCACAGCACAACUUGAUAGUGUUAUAUCGAUGGAAAAACAAUUGGAAUACUUGAGGGAAUACAAAGGAAGAAUAGAAAAGGUGAUUGGGAAGAAGGAAACGCAAGAUCUGAUUGGUAACGCAAUAUUUGUUAUAAGCUGCGGCACCAACGAUUUCGUUGUAAAUUACUUUGGAUUCCCAAUUCGACAAAAAUACUUCUCUCUCGACUCUUAUCAACAAUUCUUGAUCCAACAACUCCAUCUCUUCCUUAAGGAAUUAUGGCUUGCGGGAGCAAAGAAAAUUGUGGUGGUCGGGUUACCACCCAUGGGCUGCUUACCAAGUGUAAUUUCUCUCCAUUCAAUCGACCCUUUCAGCGAACAUCGCGAAUGCAUCGACAUGUAUUCAAGUGCGGCACAAAGUUACAAUUUCUUACUUCAAAAGAUGUUGAAAGCUUCGAACUUGCAAAAUCAUGAUGGGCGAAUUGUAAGUUAUGUGGACAUCUAUACACCGCUCAACAACAUCAUUCAAUCACAUAACAAAUUUGGUAUUGAAGUUGCCGACAGAGGUUGUUGUGGGACGGGUCUAAUAGAAGCUUCGGUUUUAUGCAAUUCGAAAACACCCACUUGCCCUGAUGCCACAAAGUAUGCAUUUUGGGAUGGAAUACAUCCCACUGAUAGAUCUUAUUACCUCAUUUUUCAGUCUCUUAUCCCCACCAUUGAUGCUAUCCUUCAAAGUACCAACUAGCUCAUCAUCAUAUGUUCCUUAAAUAAAUGAUGAUCAGUUGGGUUAUGAUUGUUAUUGUUAACUGUUAUCUUAAUUACUAUGUCUUUUGAACAAUAUUAUGCAUGGUUAAUUAUAUUGUUACCGUAAUGUU